CUGCCUCUGCUUCUUCUUCCCCGGGUUUAGGGUUUUAGCGGCACGCACGGAGACACGAGAGAGAGAGAGAGAGAGAGAGAGAGAGAGAUGCUGUACAUCGUAGGCCUGGGACUGGGCGACGAGAAGGACAUCACCGUCAAAGGCCUCGAAGCAAUCAGAAGAUGCGACAAGGUCUACAUGGAGGCCUACACUUCCCUCCUCUCCUUCGGUCUCUCCUCCCACGGUCUCUCCAACCUGGAGAAGCUCUACGGGAAACCAGUCACUGUUGCGGACAGAGAGAUGGUGGAGGAAAAGGCUGACGGAAUGUUGGCGGAAGCUCGUUCCAGCGAUGUGGCUUUUCUCGUCGUCGGCGACCCUUUCGGAGCAAUCAAUGGCACGAUAUUCUCGUCUUAUUAUGUGUAUUACUUGAACUACAGAGCUACGACACACACUGAUCUUGUUGUUCGAGCAAAGCGGUUGGGGAUAGAUGUUAAGGUUGUUCACAAUGCUUCGGUGAUGAAUGCUGUGGGAGUAUGUGGUCUGCAACUUUAUCACUAUGGGGAAACAGUUUCCAUACCAUUCUUUACUGAAACAUGGAGACCUGAUAGCUUUUACGAAAAGAUUCAAAAGAAUCGUAUGCUUGGUUUGCAUACACUCUGCCUUUUAGACAUACGUGUGAAGGAGCCAUCUCUGGAAUCUUUGUGCAGAGGAAGAAAGGUAUAUGAGCCACCAAGAUAUAUGACGAUAAAUACAGCAAUUGAACAACUCUUGGAGGUUGAAACUGGGCAAGGGCAAGGUGUUUAUAACGAGGAUACCAAUUGCGUGGGGCUUGCGCGGUUGGGAAGUGAAGAUCAGAUGAUAGUAGCAGGAUCCAUGAGGCAAUUGCGCACGGUUGAUUUUGGAGCACCUCUUCAUUGCCUUGUCAUUGUAGGAAGCACGCACCCUUUGGAAGAAGAAAUGCUGGAGUUUUACAAGCUCGAAGGGAGGACCUCAGAGCCUAAGGAAGACGUGACUGCAGAUUAGCAUCUCCCGUGUCAAUGCGACGCAGUUUUGGAUGUUCUGGUAAUUACGUGCAGAUUAGCGAACUUCUCCCUGGUGGAAACUGGUGCGACCCUGUGUGGACUGUGCCGGAAGCUAUUGAAGCAGUUGGUGCUGCGCCUCUUGUGACUCCCCAAGGUCACUCUGAAGGAACAAGCAAACCUGUUGCA